GGAGGGGGGGGAGUUUAUCCACCAUGGACGGUCGCCACCAGUAAAAUUUGACCAUUCUCUCUCCAUCUCUUCUCUGUCUGUCUUUCUCUCUCUCUCUCUCUGUGGGGUUGAAGGACUUGAAGAGAGCUUGAUCUUUUGGGGUUUAAAGUAGAAGUUUCGGAUUGAAGGAGGAGGAUUAUUUCAGAGCUCGGUGGAGAACUGAAAUGGCUGAACAUCCACGGGUACCCCAAUUUGGCAACUGGGAAGGUGGAAAUCAUAUUCCAUACACAGUUUACUUCGAUAAAGCCAGGAAGGGUCGGAGUGGAACUAAAAUGAUCAAUCCGAACGAUCCAGAGGAAAACCCAGAUUUACUGUCAGAUGCAGGAGUUCCACCUGAAGCCCCUGCUUCUAGAGCUGAAGCUGAAUCUGAGGAACCUAAACAACAGGGAGUCAUCAGGACAAUGCAUGAGCGCAAAAUGAGCAAUGAUGAUGGGAGUCUUACACAGGUUUCGGACCAAUCUAUCCACAAAAAUAACUUGGGCAGCUUGCAUUCUGACGAGUCGAAGCAUCAAGCACACGGAGGGCGAGGAGCAAGUUAUGGUGAACCUCAUAGGAGGCCGGCUAGAUCAAGCUUUGAGAAGUCACCAAUGCACCCCCAGGGAAGGAUCUCGGGAAGGGGGAGCGGUUCGCCCUCCUGGGAAGGAAGGGGUUCCCGUGAAAGCAGCCAUGCCAUGGGCACGCCGGGGAGAUCCCGCCUGAGUUCAGCUGCUAAAGGAGACGACUUCGUUGACAAAGGUGCUGCUGUUCCAAAAUUUGGCGAGUGGGAUGAGAACGACCCGGCUUCAGCUGACGGCUAUACUCACAUCUUUAACAAAGUCCGAGAGGAGAGGCAGGGGGGAGCGCGAACGGGACCGGACAUGUCCGGUCAGUCACCUUAUAGAGGUGCAGCUAGUCGAACUGCUGGCAACAACUCAAAGGGUUGCUGCUUUCCAUGGCUUAGAAAGUGAGGUCCUCUGAAUCCUAGCGAUAAAUAUGCUGAGUAUGUUUUGGCAGUGUGUGUUUGAUGAAUUCUGCAGAUACACUCCUUUGAAGCCGAUUUGUUACCUUACCGAUCCACCGUUGUGCUUCUUCUUUCCAAACCAGCGGAGUUUUCUGGAAGGCGGGAAGAACAUGUAAUUCUUUUUCCUUUAGAUCUUCGAGCGUUAUUAGUGUGCACCUAAUUAAGUUCCAAUUUUGUGAUAAAAAUGGUCUGGGUUCUCCGACUCUGUCGGAAUUUCUUGCCCACUAUCUUGAUUAGUUCUAUCAUUCGUUCUGAACUUUUCCUA